AUGCAGAAAGGCUUUUUCGUGGGGAACAUCGCAAAGGAUCUGGGGCUCGAUACAAAAAAAAUCUCAGAUGGUGGAGUCCGAAUUAUUGCAGAAGGUAGGAGGAAAUAUUUUGCUCUCAAUUUGCAGAACGGCUAUUUAUAUCUUAGUGACAAAGUGGAUAGAGAAGAAAUAUGUGGCCGGAUCUCAAAAUGUUUGUUACAAUUGGAGCUUUUUGUUCAGGAACAGGUUAAACUUUAUACAGUUGAAAUUGAAAUCACCGACAUUAAUGAUAACGCGCCAAGCUUCCAAGUAGAGGAAUUAGAGUUAAAGAUCAGUGAGAUCACAAGCACUGGGUCGCGCUUUCUUCUGCCAGACGCCCAGGACCCCGACAUAGGAAGUAAUGCUAUUCAGAGCUUCCAAUUCAGCAGCAACAGGCAUUUCUCCCUGGACGUGCAAACGGGAGCUGAUGGUGCAAAAUACGCUGAACUGGUGCUAGAAAAAAAUCUAGACAGAGAAGAACAAGCCGUUUACAAUCUAGUCCUCACAGCCAUUGAUGGAGGAGAACCAGUCAGGUCUGGCACUGCGAGAAUCCGCAUUAUUGUUGAGGAUGCAAAUGACAAUGCGCCAGUUUUCACACAAUCUGUUUAUAAGGUGAAUGUUUUUGAAAACGUGUCUAUAGGUUCCCUUCUGGUUACAGUGAACGCCACUGACCUGGAUGAAGGAAUGAACUCAGAGGUAACAUACUCCUUCCGGAAAAUUUCAGAGAAAGCUUCAGACAUAUUCCAGCUGGAUUCUAAAACCGGGAAAGUGACAUUGACGAGGCACCUAGACUUCGAAGAAAGUGAAUUACAUGAAAUAGAGGUUGAAGCCCGCGACGGGAGAGGACUAUCUGCUCGCUCAAGAAUUUCGUUAGUUCUUAUGGAUGUAAAUGAUAACGCUCCGGAAAUUACAAUCACAACUCUCAUCAGCUCGAUCCCCGAAGACUCCUCGGAGGGAACUGUGAUCGCCUUUUUAAAAGUACUAGACGCAGAUUCAAGAGAGAAUGGUGAGGUCACGUGCUCCAUCCCAGUCAACCUCCCCUGUCGGUUACAGAAAUUAUUUGACAAUUACUACAGUUUGGUGACAGACAGAACACUGGACAGGGAGCAGGUCUGGGAUUACAAUGUAACGAUCACAGCCACAGACAGAGGGACUCCUGCUCUUUCCACAACCACGUUCUUCCUGUUGAAGGUUUUAGACAAAAACGACAAUCCGCCUGUCUUCAGCCAGACACUCUACACCUCUUACAUCACAGAGAAUAAUCCUAAAGGGGCUUCCAUUUUCACAUUAAAGGCAAACGAUGCUGAUUGGGAAGAGAACGCCAGAGUGACUUAUUCUGUUACUGAAGGUCAAAUUCAAGGAACUCCGUUCUCCUACUACAUCUCCAUUAACUCCGAGACUGGGGCUCUCUACGCUCUGCGCUCCUUCGAUUACGAACAGUUCCGGGAGAUUCGGUUCCAAGUGCAGGCUCAGGAUGGGGGGUCCCCACCUCUCAGCAGUAAUGUUUCCGUCACUAUCUUUAUACUGGAUCAGAAUGACAACAGCCCGCACAUCUUACACCCCUCCUUUCCCACCGAUGGCUCCACUGGAGUGGAGUUGGCCCCUCCCUCCUCCGAGCCGGGUUACCUGGUCACUAAGGUGGUGGCGGUGGAUGCAGACUCCGGGCAGAACGCCUGGCUCUCCUACCAGCUGCUGAAGGCUACAGAGCCGGGGCUCUUCUCUGUGGGACUCCACAGCGGCGAGAUCAGGACGGCGCGCUCCUUUCUCGACAAAGAUGCGCUCAAGCAAAGUCUGGUGGUUUUAGUGAAGGACAACGGGCAGCCCCCUCUCUCUGCCACGGCCACUGUCACGGUGGUGGUGGCUGACAGCAUCCCCGAUAUCCUCUCCGAUUUAAGCAGCCUCUCAGCGCCUGCAGACCCGCAGACCAGCCUCACCUUGUAUUUGGUGAUCUCUGUGGCUUCCGUUUCCUGCUUGUUCUUUACCUUUCUCAUAGUGUUAGUGGCGCUGAGGCUCCGCCGGUGGAGAAAGUCGCAGCUGUUUGACUCCUCGAGUGUGACUUUCAGUGGAGUUCCAGUCUCGCAGUUUGUGGGGCUCGAUGGAGUCAGAGCUUUUCUUCACUCCUACUCACAUGAGGUUUCUCUCACCAUUGACUCCAGAAAGAAUCAGCUGGACUUUCCCAAUGGCAGUUGUUCAAAUACCCUCACAGGUCAGCAGCCUUCUGAGAAAUCAGGUCUUCUUUUAGUCGAAGAAGUUUCAAAUAUCAGUAUUGACAAUCAAGUCUCCCUUCAGGUGAGUUUCUUAAACCACAACUUUCUCUUUCAUGUGGAAAGGCUUAUUUCUUGGUGUGUUUUAUAUGUAAUAGUUCCUGCAGAGCAACAGUUCAUCAUAGUAUCCUGUAAAUGA